AAUCAAUCAUAAGACACAACCUACCGUUUAUUCUGUAGGGGGAUAUGCUGAGAGUCACAUAGUAAUUAUGUAAGGACAAUAACUAAACCCCCAAAGUUAAGUUGGAGUUGCAAAACGCUUGUAUGUCCAUGCAGCAAUUAUUUCUGCUGAGUCACUCGCGUAUCAGAGGAGGUUGGACACGUGUCAUAAUGUUUUACCAUAGAUGAUACAGUACUAGUUUAAAAAGUUUAUUCUUCGCCGCUGCUGGCCUGGGGAAUAUUGCCCUCAGAGCAGGCUAGGUUUAUGUCCAUGUUGUCUUUGAUUGGGUGGUUCUUUGAGGAUCGACUUCCCCUAAUACACAUUUAUUUACUGCACUUCUCAGGAUAGCAAAGGAGAGUUUGCAUCUUAGCCAGCCCAUUAGUAUGCUGUAUUGCAUUUCUUUUUUUUUGAGCUAGCUUAUCUGCAAGUCUUUUGUGAAAGUCUGUGCUUCUCUACCCAUGCCUCCGGAGGUUGACAUCACCAGCGGGGUGAACACACCAUGGUUCGAUUUCUAGAAUUCUUUGGCCAUAAGUUCGUUUUUUCUCGUCUUCAUGCCUUUUAUAGACUGCAGAGAGCCUUCUCGAUCUGUUGCUUGGAGCGUUUGGGUGGAACACUCUUACGUCGAAAAAAGUGUCCUGUCCUGCGAUCCAGAAGCUUCUUGCACGUAUAUCGAGUCUUGCACCGCCAUUUAUCUUUGUUGAGGCUAAGCGGAAGGAUUCACCUGUGAGUGGUUGAAGGUGAGGUUCUGUGGCCACGUUUGGGCAUACUUCGGUGAGCAAUUGUGCCGUCAUGUCUCUGAUUUCAUUGUGGCGUAAGGUGAGGUAUCCUCCCAUGGGGCAGGUCAUUUCAUGAUCUAUUUCAAACGCUUUACGCGAGUGAUUCAGCAGAAAUAAUAGCCUAUGCAUUGAAAUGUUGGUCCAUCCAAACACAAGUUAUGGCAGUUAUGUCUGUUUGAAAAUACUACAAAUGUACUAUUAUAAUACUAUGAUCCUGCAUCCUUUCCAUACAUGCCAGCUACUCUAGUGUUGCGUAUGUUUCUCAGUGAUGCUAUAGCAACCCUCACCCUCUUUAGACAAGCACUCAUGCCUGUCCAACAUAAUUAAUUUUUGUGGAGGGAACAGCUAUGUUGUAGCUCUGUGUUAUUGGAGCAUAAUUCCAACGAUUUAAUGCCCAGAAAAUUGUCCUUAUCGAUUUAAAAUUAACAUAAUCUGUUUUGGAAUGGCGAAGGUCAAGUUUUUUGAAACGGUUCACUCACCCUCUCCCUCCCCCCCACACACAUACAGUGAGAUUUCAGAUGGAUAUAACUGUAACAAGCUCAAGAACGUGUGCAGUAAAGAGAACAAGGAACCUGAUGGAGACACUGAGACACUGCCCGGGGCUUUAGCCAGAAACUGGUCUCUCAUGAGAUUUCAGACGGAUAACUGCAACAAGCUCAAGAACAUGUGCAUUAAAGAGAUUGGUCGCAAGAAGAAGAACGGCCAUUGUGUUCUGUGUGUCCCUGAGUGCAUACGACCUCAUGCUGGCCGAGGACAAAGAGAUGAUGUGUGGGCUGUGGGAGGAAUGUCCUAUAUUAUAAUACUUACGAUGACUGCUCAGAAGUGAGGCACCGCCAAAAAGCCAAGAAAAGCUCACUUCAUGCACAUGUGCUACAGACACAAAACAAUAGAUUUGUGUUUGAUGUAGUCACAAUAGUUUACGUAACAGGAGUAUACUGAUUUUGGUUUUCAUUACCCAAUCAAUUACAAUUUGGGUAUACCUCUGUUUUGUUUAAUUUGUGAAUUAGUCUGUUGAUUAUUUUAUUAAAUGUAGGAAAUUUUCAGUUCGUACAUUAUAUGCAACAGGUAUACCUAUAUACAGGU